CUGCAAGCAACAUCAGCAGCAGCAACAACAGCAACAACAGCAAAAACAGCACCCAACAACAACUGCCACGAGUGAGGGCACGGCAAAACAGAACAGCAAAGAUUGCGUAGGUUUGCCUUGUGUUUGCGGUGUGUUUUGGUUAAGGCUCAACAGUUGGGAACUUUCGCAAUCAUUUCUUCGCUAUUUGUUUCCUCGAAGGGCACACAUGGACGACACCGAAGCAAGUGCUUUGCACCGGUGAGGCAUCGCCACACGGCCGCGCCCGCACCCCUUGAGUGGGGAACGUAACGAAAACGUUCGAAGAAAAAAGACGGUAAAGGGAGUAAAGGUAAAGGGCCACUCUAAGAGCCUUUAUUUUUCGUAUUUCUACGAGGUUCCUAGCAGGUCCUCCAAGUGAGGAACAUGUCCACCUGCGACAGGACAUGUGAAGCGUGCAAACUAUGUAAACCAAACAAGGAGCGGGUGAACCCGCUGAACAGACCCUACUAGAUCGCAUGUUUUCUUCCAUGCUAAGUCCAAAGAUUGUAGAGGUUGCGUUUUGAAAAGGGUCUUGAAUUUAAGUGCAGGGUACUAUUGGGUUCUGCCUCCAAGACUGCUUUUCCAAGAGCACUUCUUAUGGUGUCUGGAAGGUUUUGAUGAUUCAUUUUUGACUUCUUCUGAGCAAAGCGUCGAUGUGAUUCGAUGUGGUGACAGUCAGGAGAUGCGACAGCUCUGUGUAGGUUCUUCGAGCGACAGCUCCAGCGUCGAGUGACCUUCGCCGUUGCACCGUGAAUUGAGUGAGAUGAAAUGCGCAACAGGAAGACAGUCCAGUCUUGCGAAAUUUAGUGUACUUCAGUGUCUCGUUUGCUGGUGUUUUGGCAUUGCGGGCACUUGUGCAUCCGGAUAGCCAUACAGCCAAGCCCGCCCUUCAUGGAGCAAUCCCAGGCCAUUUGGAGAACCAAAUUUGCCUUCCUCGCGCAGCUUCGUAAUGGGAACUUCAUUGCCUGGGGUGACAAAAAUGCUGGCGCAGAUAUUUCGUUCGUGAAGACAGACUUGGAGUCAGUUGGUGUCGAGGCGAUCUGGAGCAACAGCAAAACCUUUUUGGUGAAGCUCUGCAGUGGUCACUUCGAAGCCUGGGGAUCGAAAGACUCCUGGAGCACCUUCAUCCCAGAAGAAACACGAAGCAGUCUUGACACCAUCGGCGUCCAGUCACUGGGGAAUACGGAAGUGGCUUUUCUGGCGAAGUUGAUGGAUGGAAAUUUCGUUGCCUGGGGUGAUCCCGCCUCUGGUGCCGACUUCAGCGCCGUCCAAAGAAGUUUAGAUUCUAUCGGUGUCGAGGCCAUUUGGAGCACAGACAGGGCCUUUCUGGCAAAGCUCUGUGACCAGACCUUCACUGCAUGGGGAGAGAAAUCUAGCGGCGCUGAUAUCUCAACAGUGAAGCCAAAGCUAGACUCCAUUGGCGUUGAGGCUAUUUGGAGCACGAGUGGCGCUUUCCUUGCGAAGCUCCGAGACGGCUCCUUCCUGGCCUGGGGAGAUAAAUACCGUGGUGCAGAUCUGACAACGGUCGCCCAUGGCUCAGAUUUAGUGGGAGCAGAGGGUAUUUGGAGCACAGACUAUGCCUUCUUUGCCAAACUUCGCAAUGGAAACUUCCGCGCCUGGGGUGAUGGAACCUAUGGCGCUCUCAUCACCAGGACCAUUGAGAAUGAUCUCAAGAAGGGCUUGGAGGCUGUUUGGAGUACCAGUGGAGCUUUCCUGGCGAAGCUUUGUGAUGGGAGCUUCACAGCAUGGGGUGACAAAGAUCGUGGUGCAGACAUUUCUGCGGUUCAAGACCAUUUGGAAUUGUUGGGAGUCGAGGCGGUUUGGAGCACAAGUGCUGCCUUUCUGGCAAAGCUUUGCGAUGGGAGCUUCAUUGCCUGGGGAGAUCCGGCCUGGGGUGCAGACAUCUCCGAAGUCAAGGCGAAAUUGGAUUCAAUUGGAGUAGAAGAGGUCUCGAAUGAUGAAGGAGGUUCAUGGAAUGAAGACCUGCUCCAGAAAGAGUUUCUGGAGUGGCAGCGCACCGGUUUGACCCCGCUACCAGUGGUGCGUAUGUGCUUUGUGGGUCGUGGCCGUGCAGGGAAGACAACGACCUUAAGGCGUUUGAAAGGUGAAGAGCUUAAAGAAGAUGAGCGCUCAACGCAUGGAGUAGAAGUUUGGGCAGGUCAAAUGAGAGAAGAUCUGGUCACUGGGGAACAAGGCUGGAAGAAACUUGAUGAUGGCGGCAUGUUUGAACGCAGCGCCAAGAGGGGACUACAAGAACAGCUGGCCAAGAGACAUAUGAAGGAGGACGUGAAUGCUGAAGCUCCUUGCGAACCGAGUGCAGAACCGCAAGAUUCGCAGGAGCUACAAGCUGUACCAACACCAGCACAUCGGCAACGCUCUAGAAGAUUUAGCAAGGAAGCUGUCAAGGAUCAUCGUGAUCAUCGUGUUGCUUCGAAAGCAGCUACUCCAGCGCCCAAUAAAUCUCCAGCAUUGACCCGAAUUCACUCAAGAAGUGAAACGAAGGCGAAAGUUGAGACCUUGGGACCAGCACCCAUGGGUAGAGAUAUGGUGGUUGACUUGGGUACAGCCAGCGGAAUUGAGUUGAGACUGCAAUCUUGGGAUUUCCCAGGCCAACAGGAGUAUGCUCUGCUGAACUUGUUGUACUUCAACGAGCGAGGCAUUUACCUGGUCUUCUGUGACAUGAGUGGAGACAUUGAAGAAGAAUGGUCGCACCUUUCAUUCUGGUUGUGGGCAAUAGCGCAGUAUGCCAAAGCAACCAGUCCGAGAAAGGACGCCGCAGACACAAGACCGAAAGCGCCGAACCCGCCUAUACUUCUGGUUGGAACGAAAAUGGGGAAUCAGAAGAUCAAGGAGUCAGAGUUGCAGAAGAGGGUCGAAGGCCUUUUGCAGCGUGUGCCGCAACUGAAGCAACAAUUGCAACCGGGCCCAAGACUGUCUGAUGAAUCCAGAUGUUCCUGGCUGUUUCCCGUGGAAAACAAACCCACAAAGGAGAAUGUUGAACAUUGGAUUGCACCUCUCCGAGAACGCAUUCAGAAGAUUGCUUUGCAGCUGGUGACGCCCAGAGAUGUGUGGAGCGACGAAGCGUACGUUCCGGACUUUGUUGGACUUCAAGCCACACGUUAUCCUACACCAUGGCUUCGUGCUCAUGAUCUUUUGGCUGAGCUAGGUGAAGGAUUCAGGGCUACAGUGUCGAACUUACCAGACGGUUUGAUCGACGGAAAGACCAAGUUGGUACAUGAUCUUCGAGUCAACACAAAAAAUGACAUCCCAUUGAUCGUACCUGCCGGCGCCGUGCUGCACACCGCCAAAGACUUCCAGGAACCACGUUUCCGGGGCAGAUCGCGAAAAAGCAAGGCAGAUCUUCUCGAGACAGAUGUGCUGGUGAGUUGUGACUUCUUGCCCUUGUCGUCCAUUCAAAAGCUUCUUGGGGGAAUGCAACCAGCUGGCAUUUCAGGAAGAUCUGUAGCGGAUUUGCUUCGUCUUCUGAGUAGCCUUGGAAUCUUGCUGUGGUUUGAUGAGGAGCACUUGCGGAAUUUGGUGAUGUUGAAUCCUCGACGACUUGCAGUUGCCCUGGCAGAUUUGAUGACUCUUUGCUUUGGUGAAGAUAAUUUUGCACAUGGAGACGAAUACAAUGCAGCGUUACGGGAGAAGAAAGGACAAGUAAGUCCAGCGGAUCUCUUGUGGUUUCAAACCACUGGAGUCGCCACACGAGAGCUCAUUCGAUGUAUUUGGUCAGACUUUGAUGAAGCCGAACAAGACUUGAUGUUGGAAAUCCUUUUGCGGCGUGGCUUGCUGGUGAGGCGGGCUGUAGAGGACGAGUUUAUUGUACCUUCUUGCUUACCAAUGGCUCAUUUGGCAGAACCCCUACCAGACAAGAAGGAUGCAGUGCUCUAUGUGGACCUUGGUGGUGUCUUGUCGCCCAAUCUGUUCCCAAUGCUGGCCGAACGCAUCUAUGCAUCACCAGGGAAGUCUGUGGUAGUGAAGCCCGGUCCACCGCAACUCUUUCGUAACAGGUUGGAAAGCUCCGCAGGAGGCAACACAAUCACUUUGUCCCUCUUUCCCGCCAUUUGCCAGCAAGGGAAUUGGCUCGUGAGGAUUCAUGUUCAAGCCAAAGAAAAGGCAGAUGUGGAAGCAAAUCCCAACACGAAGGCAAAAGCCAUAGAGAAGCUACUACUCGAUGUGAUGGGUAUUGCAGGCAGCCGCUCUGGUGCGCUGGACAUUCGCAGAAGACUGCGCUUGGAUGUUGGAAAGGAAGACCUAGAAUCAUUCUGCAUAAGAACUCCUUGCCUUUCUGCAGACUGUAAGAUUUCUUGCGUUCACUGCAAGUUGUGGAACCUGCUGCAGGAGCGCUAUCACGUUGACAUGAAUCCUGAGCUUCAAGACGUUGUCAAGCAAGUUGCUUUGGAACCUGAUGUGCGACCUACCGGUAGCUUCAAGUUCAAAAGUGUGAGAUUCCCAGGCGAUGUCGAUCUCUAUGAAUAUCUCAUUUUCGAAGCAAGAGAUCCGCAGGAAGCACUCUCCUUGCUGUGUGAGACCUUGAAGAGUCGGGCCAAGUCCUUGGAGUUGUGGAAAAACAUUUUCUUCAGCGGGCUCAAAGCGGGAAAGGAUCACACAGGCCAAUACUUGGUUUGGAACCUUGAUGAACUACAAGCGGGAAGGAAGGAGUUGACAGAUUCCAAAUCACAAUCUAUGGGUCACAAGACACUUCAAGAAGCCCUGGAAGAAGGACACAUCACAGGAACUGCAAAGAUGGAUGUUUAUGCGCGGAUCCCACUCUUCAAUGAGCAGAAUCGGCGCUUCUAUCAGAUCACGAAUGUCUUGCGCCUGGGAUACUUGCCGAGAUCUGAUGGUUUGCCGAACGGGAAGGAAUCCAUUCCUGGGAAGCGGUUGUUUUCUAUACAGCCCAUCACCAGAGAGGACGACCACUUACGAGCAGUUGAGCAUGAUUUGCAAAACUAUUCAGGGCCUCAUCCGAAGAUGAUGAAAUAUCUCAAGCGACUUUGGGAAAGGUCUGCGUUCUUGGCACAAAGAGGCUUUGAUUUGGAUUGGCAUGUGAACAUAUUGGAAGCAAUUCAGCCAGUCUUUCAGCAUUGGGUUGCCAGGCUUGGCGCUAUGGCUGAUCAUGUUGAGACGCUUUGGUACAUGUUACGUGACAACAAUCCGAAGGCUCAGCAGAAGGCAUCGGAGGACAUCCAAUCUCUUCGUCAAGCAAUGAACUCCUUGCUGGAGGAGCUUCAGAAGAAGUGUGAGCAUGUGCAUCAUGUUCCUGGGGGAGGAAGCUCAAUUGAGGAGGCCGGCGAAGGAGCGCAAAGCCUCAUGGAGGCACUGAAGCAUUUAAAUCGGCUUCCAACUUCAGUUCAGGGAGCGAUGGACGUCCCCGUAACAAUGCACUUGUUGGGAAGGGCGCAGACUUUGCUCACUUGCUGCGUGGAAGCUGUGAUCUUUAACAAAAUGUCAUUGUUUCCACCGUUGGCACAGCCGCGGAAUGACUGGGACUUCGCGUCUGACCACCUUCCAAUUGGAGCAAGGCUUCACUUCUCCAAGGGUAAAGAGCAUUUGUCGUCCUUCAACAUUGCUUCUUGGAACAUUAGCCACAAAAGUGAUGCGAGUUCAAAGGAUGAGGUGCUGGCGAUCAAGGAGGUGAAAGAGCUCUUGCAUCACUCAGAGAUUCAUAUUCUUUGUCUCCAGGAGUGUGAUCAUGGCUUCUUAGAGGAUCUCAGAUCGAAUCUUCCGAGUCCGUUCAAGAUGCUUUCCAAAGAGGGAGCUGGAGAGGUGAUUAUUUACAACGCCUACAUCAUAGCACUGACCAAGUUCGUGGUCCAUUGCAAGGAUUUUGCGUACAAGAGCAAUCCAAAGAAGGCUGUGAUAGAAUCUUGCUUUGAACUUCCAGGUAACGUAGGCUUCCGCAUCGUCACCACGCACUUGCCAAACAACGCCUAUGGACCUGCGCGGAGAGAGUUCGCAAGCUGUUUGGCACGUGUGGCAAAGGGGAAGAUGAACACCAUUCUUGCAGCAGAUCUCAGCUUUCCAGAUGAGGCUAUUCAUCCACUUCUGAGGGACCAUGGCCUGGAGCAAGUGGAGUUUCUUCAAAUUCCUUACCCAACGAGCAUUUGUCCGGGCUCUCGGCUGCCCAAGCGAACGAGCGGCAUCGCAGUGAUGUCUUUGGAUGAAGUCAAGGUGCAUGGCAAGGCAUUGAAGGCUGAUGACGUGAUGAGUGGCUUGCAAGCCGUGGUGGACAAGCUGAACGCGAGGUCGGCUAGGGCACCAACACCAGUUCGAUAUCUCUCUGACAAGGAGUAGAUCGUCGGACGGACGAAAUCCUCCACCUUCAGCCCCGCGUGAACGGCGCCAAGACUUUGGAUGACGAGCUGACGACUCGGAGCAGGAACAGCAGGAACCCAGGUGUGUCCAGGUGUGUCCUGUGAGGUGCUCCGAGGUGCUUGAGGAAUCAGAUUGAAGAUAUCGAAUGAUUUCGUUCACCAAAGGCCAAAGCUGCAAAACUCGCAUCAUCUUCCGAUUGUUUUAAAGCCAGGGUGAGCCAGGUAAGCCCUAACGAGUACGUGGCCGCAGACAUCUCUUUUCCUGGUUCUAGGUCUUUGCUUUGCAGCGCAAAGUGAAAGCUCACUCUCCGAAGGAGAAUUCCGAGCAUUUUCAGCACUCCAACUCGCCAAAGCAGCUGAAAGUGCACCGUCCAAUCAGCUUCUGGAUUGAUUGCAG